AUGGGAGCACAAGCUUCCAGCAGCCGGCGGAGGCACGCGCCCGCCGCGCAAAAUACAGGCUCGGAUCCUUCGUCCGCCACAGACAGGAUCAAGGUUGUGCUGCUGGGCGACGCCGCCGUGGGCAAGACGACGCUCUUCAGACGCUGGAUCGGCACUGCGCUCGAUGUCGAGUACGCACCGUCCACCACGGGUGAGCAAGCGGCGAAUGAGAGGCCUCUGGACAUAGGACAGGAGAACUGUGCUGACUCACUGCACCUUGCGCUGCACUGUAGCUGCCGUAGGCGCCAAGCUGCUUCGCCUCGAGGGGCACGAGCCGGUGGUUGUGGAGGUGGUGCACACUGUCAUUCGGUUGCUCCAGUAGUGCUACGAGUUAACUGUCGCCUUAACUGGUUUGUAUUUGUUGCACAGCUGUGGGACGUGCCGCCGCAAAGCUUCGCGGGGUCAAGUAUCUUUGCACGCUACCUCCGCAGUACCCAGGCGAUUGUACUGGUGUUUAGUCUGCAGGAGCCGGUCUCAUGGUGCACGCUGCCUAUGUAUCUCGAUGUAGCUCGUCGGGAGAUCUCCGCGUCCGCAAGCGUUGAGACCGGCUCGCCGAAAGCUCCGACCCCCGUCGUCAUGGUCGGCAACAAGAGCGACUGCAUCGACGCAGCCGGCCUCGAAGAGCAGCAAGCUGCUCGCGCCUGGUGCAGCGAGCACGGUAUCACCUACGUCGAAGUCUCGGCACUCGCCGGAGAUACCGCUGCACUGCUCGGAGUCCUCAAGACGGUCUCAUUGAAUUAG